CUGUGAUGUGGCUGGAUCUUGUUGGUUGUGAUGAAGUUGACUGCUGUGAGAAAGACUCGUUCUGUUCUCUGUUGUCUCUCUCAGCUGGAGAACCUGAUGCUGGAUAAAGACGGACACAUAAAGAUCACGGACUUCGGCUUGUGUAAGGAGGGAAUCACAGACGGAGCCACGAUGAAGACCUUCUGUGGGACUCCAGAGUAUCUGGCUCCUGAGGUGCUGGAGGACAAUGAUUACGGUCGUGCGGUGGACUGGUGGGGUUUAGGAGUGGUGAUGUAUGAGAUGAUGUGCGGCCGUCUGCCGUUCUAUAACCAGGAUCACGAGCGUCUGUUUGAGCUCAUCCUGAUGGAGGACAUCCGCUUCCCCCGAACCCUCGCACCCGACGCCAAAUCCCUGCUGUCCGGCCUGCUCAAGAAAGACCCCCUACAACGGUUAGGUGGCGGCACGGAUGAUGCAAAAGAAAUCAUGCAGCACAAAUUCUUCACUGGAAUUGUGUGGCAAGAUGUUUAUGAGAAGAGGCUGGUUCCUCCGUUCAAACCGCAGGUGAGCUCAGAAACAGACACCAGAUAUUUCGACGAGGAGUUCACAGGACAGACCAUCACCAUCACGCCGCCGGGACAAGAUGACAGUAUGGAGUCGUUCGACAGCGAGAGAAGGCCACACUUCCCACAGUUUUCCUACUCGGCCAGCGGAACGGCCUAAAGCUUCCCGAUCUCCGAACUUCAGCAAGAAGAUCCCCAACCUCACAGACACCGCACAACUGCUCUGAGAUCAGACGUCCACUUUACCGUGUUUACCACGUCUGGAUCUGUGAUGUUUGUCCGUUGCUUCAGUGGCCUUUGAUUUCUGAGGAUGUGAGAGGGAACACUAACAUUUCCAUCCAAAACGCCAAAUGAAGAACUUCUUUAAUCGGGAGCGAGUGUCGUAUUAAAACUAAUGUCGUGCCAAAUAUUACUGUAUUUACGUUCACUGACCAAUUGAAACGUGCUAAACAAACUGCAGCUUUUACUAAAUAUUCAUAUCUAGAAUAUAAUUCUGCUAUAUUUGUAAUUUUACACAUGAUUUCUCGACUGAAGCGUGUUUUUUGACCCCCAAAGUGGUUUAGUUUGAAUUUGCUAUCGAAUGUGCAGUACAGUCGAAAUGAAGAUAAAUUAUAUUUUGUGAUUAUUAAAAUGACUCAGUUCCACUAAACUAGAAAUUAACCCCCACCAGUAGAUUAUAGGAGAGAAACCGGUCUAGAACAUUUUCUGAAUCCGUAUUGCAGUAGAAAAAAAAAAAAUAAGCAAAUCUAUUUUUGCUGUAAAAAAAUAAAGCCUGUUUUUUAGACAAUAAAAGUUUGGUUUGCAAGAAUAAUGAGGGUUAAAAAGAUCCAAUGCAUGUAUAAGAAUGAGAGUUUAAGAAAUUAAAUUAAAUUAAAUUAAAUUAAAUUAAAUUAAAUUAAAUUAAAUUAGAAUAGAAUUUAGAGUUUUAAUGUGUCACCAAGAGAAUUCCUAAUUUAUUUAUAUGAUGCAUUUUUAUAAAACUGAGUCAUUACAGUUUCUGUUAGUGAAAACAAUGAAUUAUAUUUUAUUUUAUUAUUAUUUUUAAUUUUUGCAUGUGACCUUUCUAUUUUUGGCAUCGAAUAAAUUAUUUUACCUUUUAAAUAUAAGCACAAAAAAUAUUCUCAAUUCCCACUUUUAUUCUGGUAAUUUAAGAACAAAAGAUAUAAACUCAGAAUUGCAAGUAAAAGUCAGAAUUGUGAGAUUAAAUGUUGCACUGUCAUUUAUUCUGUAGAUGAUUCCACGGUGAAAAAUAAUAAACAGAAAGAAUUACGAGAAAGUAACUUAUUUAGAAAAUCCAAGAAUAAAUUUUGGAAUUGUAAGACAAAGUUGCAAUUAAUUUUUUUUUUAUUUCUAUUAUUUUUUUAAUUCCAUUGUCAACAAUCUUCCAUAUAAAAUCCAUUAAUACAUGUAUAUAAUCAAGGAUGGCCACCGGGGCAUGUUGUCACAAAAUGCAUAAAGUCAAAAAUUUAUUUAAAAAAAUAAAUGCAUCCUGACUGACCAAACAUCCUGUUUUAAAUGUGCAGAAAACCCCUGCUGGUCCAUAUUCAGGCUUAAUUUUUCUUCUCUUCGAUGUUUUUGGUGUCUGAUACUAUGAGUCUAAUGGAGAGUUUUUGGGAGGUUUUUCACACGUUGCACGACCUCAGCGAGGUACUUCAGUGAGUCCAAGCCACCAUCGAGGUUUGUUUGUUAGAAAGGACUUUGUUUUUGAGCUCCGAUGCGUUCGUUAUUUAUAAAUCAACAGCUAGAAAUAAGAGUUUUGAAGGUAAUUUAAAGCAACAUCGGUGUAAAUACCAUGCAAUGGUUGUGAUUUAAUCAGCACAACCACAAAUAUGAUCUUUGUACAGAUGUGAGAAUCUGUUGGCGGGUUGUUAUUAUUAUUAUUAUUAUUAUUGUUUUGAAAUGCUCUGAUUGUUGAUAUGAUGUUUAAUAACCACCAUACACAUACACGAAUGUAAAGACAUUUCCUCUCUUUUCAACAUUAUUCUCUUAUUUUAUAUGCAAAACUAUUUUUAUUUCUAUUUUUAGAUCUGAUCUUUUAUAUGAAUAAUGCUCUUUCAUACUCUCCUCUUUU